UCCUUGAGCGCCCAGUCAGAGCCAGACAUGUUGAACGGUCGGUUCGGGGGAAAAUUCCCACUACCAGUAGUGCGAGGCGUAUGAAUCUCGUCAUCCUGUCGCGUUCUGGUCGCGUAGUCUUUGAUUCGUUCCGGUGAAUUGAUCCGCGUCCCGGUGGAACGUUUUCGUAUUCCAGCCCCGUUGGAACGUGAUUGUGAUUUGCUAUUCAAUCCCACGAAGGUCCGUUGUUUUUUGUAAUGGUCAUUCACCCGUCAUACGAAAUGCAUUCCGUUUCUCAGGAUUUUACUACCGAAACCGGAUAAAUUUGACAGCUAGCUUCCCAUGAGAGUGUUUUAUGUAAUUCCGCAGUUUUCUUUGGCGUGUUGCGGGUAAAACACCAGCAAUUCCAGCAUGUGACAGCAGCGUGUAGAGAACAAGGAAUGUGACAAGCGAAAACAAAAAUAUCACUCAUUGUUUUUGUAUCUCCACUGGGAUUAGUGAAGUGAAACAAACAAACCCGGCAUAAAGCAAAGAGCCAAAAACAACUUCCCGGUCAGACCGACUGAUACCAAGUUGGGGGUGACUCAAGGUUUCAUUCCGACCAGAAAAAAAAAAUGUCUGAAUUGCCAUGUUUAUUUUUUUCGUGCGACUCUGAGGAGUAGAAGUUCCGCCGGCGGCUGACGGUUCUUUUUUUUCUGUUGUCGCCUCUGACGACAGCUAGUAAAGGAAGUCAUCUGAUUAUUCAAUUUUGCCGUGGUUGUACGCGCGAAACAAGCAAAAACGUGAAAUUUUUCCGCAAACACAGAUAGAACCAUUUGUGGAAAGAAGAUAGCGCCAGGAAAGAAAAAAAUGCUAACGAGUGAAAUGUUGGUGCGUUGGUGGAUUUAUUCUGGCGAGUCCAAACGGUACCGCGGGUGAAUAUAAAACGUGACAAAAAUGUGGAUGUUGGACCAGUUUUUUGACAGCUGAGUGAUUGCGGCAUUUGAAAUAUCGAAGUUGAAACCGGAGAAGUGGACACAGUGGCAAGAGGGGAAGAAAAACCAGCUAAUGAAUUAGCAGAAUUUGGAAUAGACGCAGUCCAUCAAGUUGGAAGGAAGGAACAAAAAAAAAACUUUGUGACGAAAAGCGACAACUAAUCGCAGCAGACAUUCGGGAGUGAACACAGUGAGUGGUUUUAAUUUGUGAAACGAAAUAUGUUUGCGUGGUGUACAUACUAGUGGACGAUUAGGGCUACUUAUUGUUCAAAAAGGUCAGCUCCCAGUGGGAAUAGUAAGAUUCCCGGUGAACCCUACAGAACAUCACCACGACCUUGUCGUCAUCCUGCUAAUACUUCACCGGAGCGAAAGUUGCCCAUUCAAGUGUCGUGAGCUGCUCCUGCUCCUCCGACGCUGUUCCGGUGCGCUGACGGUGGGAGUCAUUAGGUGUGAAAAGGUCCUUCGAACAUCGCGCAGAAGAAGAGUUUCUUUGGUGGAGUGAGAGGAAAAAAAAAAGAAGCAGUAAAAAGUGGGCGAAAUUACCCCCCAUUAGUCACAAUCAGGUCCACUCGGCGUCUUCGAGGAGGCAUUAUCGCGGGGCGAGAAGGUGAAAACCUGGACGAACCUGACCACGCGACGAGGUGCUGCGGAAAAAUUGUGAUUUAUUUUAUUUAUGUUCAUAUUUUUUCGUGCCUCGGUCGGCAGGAUUUCGGCCUUUGUGACCCGAAAGGUUUCACGGUGUCGACAAAUAAGUCCUAAGAUGGGUCUGGUCGAGAAAAGAGGUGUCGGAACCAGUAGGAAGAAAAGUGUGAAAAUAUAUCAUUAUUAAUGCCACUUUUUAUUUUGCCUAAUUUUUUGCCGUUACGCUUCACUCGUGACAGUCCGCGUUCCUCUCGUCAAGUGCAGAACGGGAAAACAUGAAACACGUGCGAAAGAAUUUGCUUUAAUGAAGGCUAUAAAUCUAUGCGAAAGGAAAAAUGCGCCGACUGGAGCGUGUCACCGUCGAAAACAAGCAUCAUCGUAAUGAACUCACAUUUGUUACGAUUCAAACCAUGUCGGCAAGGAAACAGAGCAAAGUGAACAACGAAUACAGGAACUAACAAACAGAAAAGCAGCAAUUUUACAAGAUUGGAAGCAAAUAAAGUGAGCUGCCCGGAUCAAACAACGGCCGCUCGAAACGAGAAAAAAAAUCCAGAAGCAAAAAAAGAGCAAAUAUUGAAUUAAACAAUGUGCAACGAGAACGCUAAGGCAAGGACAAUAACUCGUUCGAGAGUGGUCUCGAGUUGGAUACAGACCUUACCGAUGGCACUACUACUGGUGACACUAAACGCGAACCGUGCGCUGGCCGGAGCGGACUCGACGGUGCAUCUGACCGGAGUUGACAAAAUCGAACUGGUAGCCGGUAGCAGUGGCCAGGACGAAUCGGAACGAUUGUAUCAUUACGGCAUCGCUGCACCAUCGUCCGCACCGUUUUCAUCGCCACGGCAAUCCGCCGCCGCCAACGCCGCCAUGUCACCACCAUCCUCGCCAACGGGAACUGCAGCAGCACUGUCCGGAAUCGGUGGUGGCAACAGUGUCGAGAAGCCUUAUUUUGACGAUAUCAACUCGCGCAAUGUUACGACCCUGGUGGACGACACCGCCGUGCUCAAAUGUCGCGUCAAACAUAAAGGAGACCGAACGGUUUCCUGGAUGCGCAAACGGGACCUUCACAUACUGACAUCGAACAUCUACACCUACACCGGCGAUCAACGCUUCUCGAUCAUACACCCGAUCGAAUCGGACGAGUGGGAUCUGAAAAUUGAGUACGCUCAGCAGAAGGACAGCGGAAUCUACGAAUGUCAGGUCAACACAGAACCAAAAAUCAACUUAGCUGUCUACCUGACCGUCACAGAAGAGCGGGAUUUCGUCCAGGCCUCCGGAGGAAAGCACUUUAUCGGCACAGCUGGACUAGAUUUCCUGUCGACGGUUGCUCGAGCGAAAAUCAUCGGUUCCCAGGAGGUGCAUGUGAAAAAGGGCAGCACCAUCUCUCUGUCCUGCGUGGUCAACGUGCAUGCAUCGUCCAUCUCAUGGUACCACGGUUCAUCGGUAGUCGAUUUUGACUCGGCCCGGGGUGGCAUCAGUCUCGAGACGGAGAAAACUGAAGGCGGCACCAGCAGCCGGCUGAUGCUCACGAGAGCCACCCUCCGUGACUCGGGCAACUACACCUGCGUCCCCACGGCGGCCGCCUCUGCCAGUGUACAGGUUCACGUUCUGAACGGUGAGCAUCCAGCUGCAAUGCAGACGAGCAGAGGAGUCUUCUGUCCAUCAUGUUACGUACUUGUUUUUGUACUAGCAUCGCUGAAUAGUUGUAAUUUUAGUAAAUUAAUCUACUUCAUAUCAGUCAUGCACGAAGGGAUCCGCUUCGUACUAGUGUCAGUAACAGUCAGUCUUCUAAUUUGUAUCCGUCGCCGGUUCAUCCGUAGUUGUUUUGUCACUUCACCUAGCAGCAGCAACAACAGCAGCAGCAGCAACAACAGCAACAGCAGUGACAGCAGCACCGGAAGCAGCAGCGACAUCCGAUCAGUUUCUUCCUGCCGACAUCAUCCCACCACCACCACCAACAUCAUCACCAACAGCAGUUUCGAACUCAGUGCAGAACGUUUCGAACCGGCAGCAAUUUUACAGCGAAAAAGAUGAUCCCUUCGUCAGCAGCGUUCCAUGAAUAAAUGUAGAACCUAACUCACCAGCUUCAUCUUCAUCAUCGCCAUCAUCAUCAUCAUCAUCAUCAUCAUCAUUAUCAUCGUCAUUGUUUCUUUCAUUACUGCAUCAGCAACGUUUAUUGUGUCUGUGAAUAGUAAAAAUAAAUAGCAGGACAGUAGCUAAAUCGUACAGCAGAAGCAAACCGACAUCGGCAGUGUGCUCUGUUGAUCCCGAGAAAUUGAAUGCAGUGUUAACAGAAAUAGGAAAUUUUCUACUUGUCAUUCGUCAAAUGAAGAACCUACUAGUCCCCCUCGAAUGAGCUUGUCUCCCGGAAGGCGACGGUGGCGGUGGCGGUGGUAACUGUUCUGAGCGAGUAGAAGUUAGUGCUUUGUGUUUUACAUUUGCUGUAUGGAUGUUGAGAUGUGUUCAAAUCAAAAAAGAACAAAAUCUAUGCAAGCGUGGACUGUUUUCAAAUCAAUUAUGUCAAAAGAUUAAUUUGCUCAAGUGAAUGGAAAAAUGAUCAGUCAGUAUCAAUUAAUUUUAAUCUCUAUAACAACAACACUACACUAGAACCUUAAUUUACGCGAAUUUUGUACACGCAGCGCUACUGCUUUUACGCGUAUUAUUUGAAAUAACUCGAUUUUCGAUUUAAAUUGUGCGAAAAUCGAAAAAAAUAUGCUUCUGUAAAUGGAGUAUUAUAUAAGUACAUUAAUAAACUGUUUAUUUUCGAUAAAUCUGUUAAAGAUCUUGGGCAUCCGUUCUCUGAAGAAAAAAAACAUCUGUAUCUAGACGCAUAUCUGGUAUCUUCUGCAUGAAUCUUAAGUGCGGUCCUUCGUACAGAAAAUUGAUAUACUGUAAUGAGAGCUGAGGAACUUCAUGCUCAUCCAAAAACUACUUCGAAUAUAAGCCCUAAGAUCUACCCUCGUAACCGAUGAAAUUAGUGAGUUCCUUCGUUGCGAUUCAGGCUCGUAGUAUAUCAUUAUAUUUUUGGGAUUAUUGUUAUGCACUAUGAGAAUAACCUAGUUCAUCUAAAACUACCUGGAGUACCGACCAUUAGAUCUACCAGAGUAACCGAUUGCAAAAGCGGCAUUAUUGUGAAUAUUUUAGGUCAUCCAAUAACUAUCUGGAGUAUAGGCCUAAACAACCCCUAGGCUAGGAAUAGGCAUCAACGAAAGUCUUGUACGCGUACCCACUAGCAGUGACACGCCGUUAAAAAAUAUAACCAAAAAUAACGGGCCAAAAUUAUCACCCUGCGAAACUCCUGAUGCGUUAAGGGAAUAGAAAAAUAAUGAUUGUAAUUCGCGCGAAGUAUUCUAUCUGACAGAUAAGACUGUAACCAAGAUAUGAAUUCGUCGGAAGCGCAAAAAGUAGAAGUGACUUUCAGUAUAUUAACAUUCCUUGAAUUUUCAGAAGGAAUUUAUUAGGAACAUAAAUGCCGGGAACCGAUGUUUUUGAUAGUUCCGAAAUGCACAUAUUCGGAACGGAUUUGAUAAAAAGAUACCGGAGUAUGAUGUUAUGGGUCGUUCCAAAAUCAACGAUGGCAACUUCCGAUUUGAUGAUAUUUUUGAAAAACUCAUACAAAAUGAAUAUUUUUAUAACUAAUAUAAUUAUUAGUUACCAGAAAACGAUGUAUGAGAUCGUUAUCAAAAUGAAGAUAGCGACUUCCGGAAUAAGGAUAACCCACAAAAAUUACAAGAAUAUGGGUAUUUUAAGAAUGUAUUUGAUGAGUAGAUACCGGCAAUCUACGUUUUGAGUCAUUCCGUCAAUUUCUUGCCAAAUGUCAAUCAUCGUUUCCAAACGUUUUUGCCGUGUUGGAUUUCGAAAUGAUCCUAGAAAUCGCUUUUCGAUAUCUGUUUAUUAAAUCCGUUCCGAAAACUCCUCAACUCUAAUAAUAUGUUAGAAAAAAUAUCAACAAGCUGGAAGUUGCCAUUUUGGAUUUCGGAACAACCUCAAACAUCGUUUUCCGGCAACUACUCAUAAAAUCCGUUCCUAAAAAAAUCCAUGUUUUAAAGAUUUUCACAGAAUAUUUAUAAACCAAGAAGCCCCCUUGAAUUUCGGAACGAUCCCAAACACAGUUUUUUGAUUUCUGCUCAUCAAAUUCAUUCCGAAAAAAAAACAUUCUGUGAAGGUUUUUAAAGAAUAUCAAAAACUGGAAGUCGUCUUCUUAGAUAUCGGAACGACCUAAAAAAUCGUUUUCCAAUUCGUUCCAAAAACAUCCAUAUUCGAAUGGUUUUCGAGGAAUACCAAUAAACCGAAAGUCGACGUCUUGAAUUUCGGAACUAUAUUUUCAACUAUUCAUUUAAUUCGUUCCGUAAUUUUCAAAGAAUAAGGACUGUAUCGAAAAUAAGCUAUCCACAAAUCGAUAAAAAACGAUAUUUCAUUCAAACUAAAAAUUGAUCGAUGGGUCGAAACUGAGGGCAAUUUGAUGGAUUGAUAUUUUUCUCAACAAAAUUUAUACCCUUUUCCGCAAGUCAACUGAGAGUGGUUUUGGCAUAGUGAGCCGACGCUAAAUCCAGCCAAAACAGUGGAGGUGUACUAUGAUUAUUAUAUAAAGGCAGCAAUCUUUUCUGGAGACGCUCAGAACGAUAGAUUUCUGCAUUUAUAGUUCCGGUAGUGUAAAAAAUGGUUGACUUCAAACCACAGGAACAUAUUGCUUGCCAUACCAGUACCUUUCGACCUAAUUUCUCCACUUGAAUCGACCUGUCCGCAUCACUCACAUCCUCCCCAACGACGACAGUAAAGUGUUGUGGACCUGGAAGGGUUUUUGAGUCCUUCUUUACAUAAGUCUCAUCGUCCAUCAAAACGUAUGCAUCCGGACUCUGCAAAAGACGCGAAUACAAUUCCCGGGCACUUUGUUUCGAGAUAUUCUACUUCUUAUAGGUCUUCAGGUGAUUUCGCCUCUUGAUACGCUGGAUCAUUCCGACACUCGUUCCUGCUUUUUUGGCCAAAUCACGUAUUGACAUUGAUUUGUUCUUCAUGAUUAGAGAUACCACUUUCUGGUCCAGUUUCGGGUUGGGAGAACCGGGUAGCUCAUCCAAAGAAUAGUGUUCCCCAAACUUUUUAAUGAUGGAUUUACCACUAGCAUGAUGAAUUCCAAACCGCUUUGCCAAUUUUCGCAUAGUAAUUAGCUUCUCACUUAGCCAUGUGUCCAGAACCUUACUUUUCACUUCCUUUUCAAUACGCGACAUUUUGAAAACGCAGAAUUUCAACCGCACAAACAAGUAAACAAACGAAAGCUGACAGCCGUUUGUGUUUGCACAGCAUGCUGUGAUCUGAGCAUAAAAAACCACCACAAAUACAUGCGUACAACACAAAUCUAUAUGGAUAGCUUAUUUUCGAUACACUCCUUAUUGACAAAUUGGAAGUCGCCAUUUUGAAUUCUGAAUCGAGAAGCUAUCUUGAAUUGAAAAAAAUCUGGACACGAAUAUUAUCGUAGCACUUUCUUUGCGAAGUAGAUUCGUAAAAGUUUACGUUAUUUGGAAUUCACUUCGUAAAAAAAAUUACGUUUUUUGGGUUUUAAGAAAGAGUUAAUCGAAUACUUCCUAAAGAAAACACUACGUAAAAGGAGGUUUGGGUGUAGCACAUAAUUCAAUAAGUCGCGUGGAAAAUACAUAUUUUUAGCCGAAAAUUAAUUCUAUUCAUCAAUGUAAUCUUCGAGAGCAAUACAAUCAUUCCAGCGCAUCUCGAUGCCACGUUUGUUAACGGAUUUGUUGUUUGCCCAAAAUAGGCUUUACAUACAAUAUUUGUUUUUUUUAUUUGCGUUGUAUUCCCGAUCAACAAGCCGUAACAAGUUUGUAACAAAAAGGUGUUUUCAUAGCAAGUGCUGGUACAAGUCUGGUCUCGUUAGCAGUUAAAAUAUCAAAAUUUUCUAACAAGUACCAAAAAGAGAAAUAAUUUAGAUACGAUGUGUUGAUUGGGUUACUUACCGGUGAAUAUUGUUCUGAGAUCAGCGAAUAGCCAGUAGUUACAGGGAGCCAGAUCUGGACUAUAUGGUAGAUGAGGAAGCAAUUUGAAGUGUAAUUCAUUCAUCGUUGCCAUUGUCAUAGUUCGAUUUUACAUUGCAUCUUUACAGAAAUCAAAUAAAAUCGAAAAACUUUAUAACUUGAAGAUUGAAAUAACGCGAUACACUGAGGUCUUUUUUUAUGCGGUUUUUUUUACGCGACUUUUUUUAUGCGAAUUAUCAGAGUUAUGCGGUUUUUUUUAUGCGAAGUUUCAGAGUUAUGUGUUUUUUUUAUGCGAAUUUUCAGAGUUAUGCGGUUUCCCUUCUGCGGUUUUUUUACGCGAAGUUUCGGAGUUAUGCGGUUUUUUUUAUGCGAAGUUUCAGAGUUAUGCGGGUUUUUUUAUGCGGUACGUAAACUUCAGUGUAUUUGAUUUAAUUGAAGCGAUGAUUCACAUGCCCGCGCCACAACACGUAAAUUGAGGUUCCAGUGUUGCAAUUGAGUCUCGCAUCCACCAGGAGUCUUGAUACAAAAAUUUUUGUCAUCAGAACCAGGAAGAAAACUAGCAAAUCUAGGUUUUAAGUUCAGCAAAUAUACAGAUCAUCAUUUAAACUUAAUUCAAUGUUCAUACUUUUUUCUGCUUCCCGUUGAGAAAUGUUGUGCUAACAUUCUUCAACAAAGUACACACUAAAUUACAGUAACCUUAUUGUCUUGAAAUUUAAGCAAAUGUUCCUUCCUGUUAUGGGCUGCUUCCCCACCAACCACCGCCUUCCACGUCAUCUAUUUCCACUCGACAUUCGUUUAAUUUCUUUGUAAAAAGAUUUAACAAAAGUCCUAAAGCAAAACAAAUCAAAUCAAAAAGAGAGGUAGCAUAAAAUCCAAUAAACGAAUAUAAAUUUCUUCCAUUGAUGAAAUAGGAAAUUGAUUACAUAGAUAAGUAAACUGAUAGAGUGGAACGAAGCAAAGUACAGUAAAUCACCGUCGACGGCGACGAAUUAAUUGUAAAUGUAUCAAUGUUAAGUUUUGAUUUCAACUAAAGAUAUGAACUGUAAAAAGACCCGUUCCCGUGCAUUCAAGAGGAACAAUAGAUCGGUUAAUUAACCACAAAUUGCUAAGAAACAGAAUUUAUAAAUCUAUGAAGGAUUAAAUCCAAAAACAAAACAAAACUAUGGUAUAUGUAUUGUUGCAAAACGCCGAAGUAAACUCAUGUGAGACGAUAGAUAAAACCACUCGGGCAGUCAUGGAAACAGUAUUCAAUCUUAAUUGCAGACUAACUGAAUCAGUAGCUGCAAAACUAUUUUAUAAGCCUCAACACGACUCCCGCAGCUAAGCUCUGACGAAGAGGAAAGUUGUUCAAACGAAACAACAGGUGGUCUUAGACGAUCCACCGCAGCAGAAAGCAGAAACUAGGUUGUAAUAAAGCACGAUGGGAUGCAUUGUGCGAGUGAGCGAAAUGGAACGACAUUGUGAAAGGGCGGAAACAAAUUUCACUCAAGUUUCACAUGAUAAACUGCAGACAGAAUCACUGCUCCAUGGAAACUGACCACAAAUCCAGAAAACCACAAUACGAAACUGCGUAAGAUCAAAGGAGAAACUUUCAAUUGUAAGCCAGAUGAAAACUGAGAUGAAUCAUUUGAGAAUAAUAAACCGGUAGGAAAAUUUACCAAA